GCCCAUAUUCGAUCAGCAACUGUUCGACGCUUUUCAUUCCUUACUUGCCAUAAACAUUUGACAUCCACAUCUCAGAAGUUCUACUGUGUAGAUUCGGGCCCGGGUCCGGCUCGGGCGUUCGUUAGUCUCAUUUUAAGCGCCACCGAAGCUGGUCAUUUAUCAAGCAGCGACAAUCACUGUCGGCUGCGGGGCCAAAAGAAGUACGGAGAAGUACUACGCUUUGUCUAAUAUUCGCUAUCCUCUCUUUACUCAAGUCACUUGUGACUUUACCUUUCUCGCUGAAGUCUCCGUAGCGAUGACCGAACCGGAUCAUCGAAAGGGGCAUCAUGAUAUUUCCAUAUGAUCUUUCUCGACUGAAUCAUGUAUUCAAUUUAUCGCUUCGAGCAAGUUUUUGACUGACACCACUACCACCAACACAUUACUAUCCAUCCAUCUAUAUACAACCUAUUCUAACCUUCAUUUCACAAAUCUAUGCUUGUCACUACUAGUCUCUCCUACGCUCUCUCGUUGGCUCUCGUUUCUAAAUAUUUCCAGACAAUCUCCGCAAAUUCCUCGGACUCGCCAUUCAACCCCAGGGACUACGCCAAACGCACAACAAACUGCAAAGCAGUGAAGCGGGAUGCUAACAAUCAGCUCGUUGAUAUUACCUUGAGCUACGUCGACAUCAACCCAUCCGCCAACACGACUCUGGUUAUGCUGCAUGGCUGGCCAAGUUUAUGGAGCACCUGGAGCAAUCAAAUACAAGAGUUCAAACACGACUACCAUCUGAUCAUCCCGGACCUGCGUGGCUUUGGUCCUUCAACACAUCCUGAUGAUGUGAAGGGCUCGGGAACGUUGUACGACCUCGUCGGAGACUUGCAGUGUAUUAUUAAGGAUACCAAAGUGGAAUCGGUUGUCUGUGUUGGACACGACUGGGGCACAGCAAUUUGCUAUGAGGCAGCGCGAUCUCGUCCGGACAUCAUCACGGGCGUAAUAGGCGCCGUCGUUCCCUAUAUACCCUCCGCAGGCGCAUAUGUCCCUAUCAAACACCUAACAUCCGCGAUACCCAAACUCACAUAUCAACUUUUCUUUGAUGGAAAGACAGCGGAAGCUGUCGAAGAGCUCAACAAGGAUAUGCGCCGCACAGUGCGCGCGACACUUCGAACCAAGGACAGCCCCCCUCCAGAUGACUAUUUGACAAGUCCCUACUCGUUUCUGGACGCCUGGGGCCAUGUAGAGGAGAUUCCGCCAGUCCCCUUCUUCACUCCUGAGGAGGAAGAUUACUUCGUUGAGCAGUAUCAAUUACAGGGCUUCAAAAAUACUCUUCAAUUUUACACGGAUGAAAACCGAUACGCUUCAUGGAAAUUUGCUCAUGAACAAGGAAAUCACACCAUCCCUCAGCCUGUUUUGGCUAUUUUACCUACUGACGAUCCAGUGGCGGAUUGGGUUUUAGCCAGUCGACUGCUCCAUUCCGAAGAUUUCUUGCCGAAUUUAACCACAGAGCUACUCUCCGGUGCUCACUGGGUACAUCUGGAAAACCCUCGACGAUUCAACAAGGCGAUGCGGACGUGGCUCAAUAGGUAUUUCCCUAGUCAAUCAGGUGCAGAAACCCUUGUUGUAGAUGAUAAUUACGCUGGUCACGUCGAGGGUGAGCUUUGAACAGUAGACGAAACAUGCAAGGGAACUGUAAUAUCUCAAUGUGAAUACAAGGACUGUAUGUAGGUUUAAACUACUUGGGGAUUGAAAUGAUUAUAGUAGACAUGCAAAU